UUUGAAAUCUCUGUGGUAACGCAACUCAUCAGAGAGGCUCGUGAAGGGAAAGGAGACUUGACCGUACUGUGGCUGGACCUGGCCAAUGCGUACGGCUCCAUACCUCACAAGCUUGUUGAAGUUGCCCUGCUGCAACAUCACGUUCCCAAAAAAGUCAUAGAACUUAUCCUGGAUUAUUACAGCAACUUCAGGCUAAGAGUCACCGUCGGAUCGGGCACAUCAGACUGGCAUCGACUUGAGAAGGGCAUAAUAACAGGCUGCACAAUCUCAGUCAUCCUGUUCGCACUCGCCAUGAACAUGAUCGUCAAGUCAGCAGAGUUGGAGUGGAGGGGACCCCUGACAAAAUCUGGAGUACGCCAGCCCCCUAUAAGAGUGUUCAUGGACGACCUGACUGUCACCACCACAUCUGUCCCGGGCUGCAGAUGGAUUCUGCAAGGGCUAGAGAAGCUCAUCACAUGGGCAAGGAUGAGCUUUAAGCCAGCAAAAUCAAGAUCUCUGGUGCUCAAGAAGGGAAAGGUGACAGACAGGUACCGCUUCUCUCUGGCUGGAGCCACCAUCCCAUCCAUUACCGAACAGCCAGUCAAGAGUCUUGGAAAGGUCUUUGAUUGCAGCCUCAAAGACUCGUCAUCCAUCCAGAGAACCAGCAAGGAGCUUGAGGGCUGGUUGAGAUGCGUCGACAGAUCUGGCUUGCCAGGGAGAUUCAAGGCCUGGAUUUACCAGCGUGCAGAUAUUGGCUAUUUCCCAUCAACCAGGGUGGACAAGGCCCAGGGAAAACAGCGGCAACAUCUCAUCCAGCAGGAAGUGCGGGCAGGCGUGGAGGAAGAACGAGCCAGCAGGAUGGUGGGUAUGGGACAACAGGGAGCUUGGACUAAAUGGGAGAAUGUUCUGCAACGGAAGAUCACCUGGCCCAACAUCUGGAGAGCAGACUCCCUUAACAUCAGGUUCCUAGUCCAAGCUGUUUAUGAUGUCCUGCCCAGUCCAUCCAACCUCCAUGUCUGGGGCAAAGCAGAGACACCAUCCUGCCUCCAGUGUCCAGGAAGGGGAUCCCUGGAACACCUCCUCAGUAGCUGCCCUAAAGCCCUUGGAGAGGGGCGCUACCGCUGGCGCCACGACCAGGUGCUGAAGGCGGUUGCUGAGAGUAUAGCCAAGGCCAUUACUACCACCAAGAACUACAGCAAGCCUCAGUCAAUCAGAUUCCACAGAGCUGGAGAGAAGCCCACUAUCCAAGCGAGGGCCAGGUCAGGUCUCCUCACUACCGCCACAGACUGGCAGCUAGAAGUGGACCUGGGCAAACAGCUGAAGAUCCCAGCAAGAAUAACAACAACACGGCUCCGACCAGAUAUGAUCAUUGUUUCUGAUUCCACCAAACAAUUGAUCAUUCUGGAACUGACAGUGCCCUGGGAAGAACGCAUGGAGGAGGCUAAUGAGCGGAAGCGUGCCAAGUACCAGGAGCUGGUGGAGGAGUGUAGGAGCCAAGGCUGGAGGACUUACUGUGAAGCCCUGGAGGUGGGAUGCCGAGGAUUUGCAGGGCGGUCCCUCUGCAAAGUCCUCACCAUGCUGGGCCUCCCCGGUGAGGCAAAGAGGAAGGCCAUCAGAUCUGCAACUGAAGCCGCAGAAAGAGCCACAAGAUGGCUUUGGAUCAAGAGGGCUGAUCCGUGGAAGAAUGCUGCUGGGACACAGGCCGGAGUCUGAUCAACUCUGGUCGGGUCGCCUGGGCG